AUGCAACAAGCUGCUGGCCGCACCCCCGUGCUCACCCCAUCGGGCUCACCGCUCAAGUUUGAGGCGCCAGCGGGACGGCUGUACCUCGGCGGGGAGUGGGUGCCGCCUGUCCGGGGCGGCUCACUUGCCACCCUGAACCCCGCCACCGAACAGGUACCGCUGGCCACCGCUGAAGACGUUGACGCGGCGGUCAAAGCUGCCAGAGCCGCGUUCGGUGGCUGGGGCGACACCUCCGGCGCGGAGAGGGCACGCUACCUGCGAGACAUCGCACAAGGGAUCGAGAACAGGAAAGAGGAGCUGGCCGUCAUUGAAUCGCUAGAUUGCGGGAAGCCGCUGCGUGAGGCGCAGGGCGACGUCGGCGAAGCUGUCGUGUACUUCCGCUACUACGCUCAGCUGGCCGAAACGCUCGACGCGGAGCAAGAAGCGUCCGUGGCGCUCAGCAACGAACCCAACUUCCGCGUAAGCGUGCGAAAGGAGCCCGUGGGCGUGGUGGCGGCCAUCACGCCCUGGAACUACCCGCUGCUCAUGGCCACCCAGAAAGUGGCCGCCGCACUGGCCGCGGGCUGCGCGGUCGUGCUCAAGCCCUCGGAGCUCAGCCCGCUCACCGCGCUCGAGCUGGCGGCGAUCGCCCACACCGUCGGUCUCCCCGGCGGCGUGCUGAACGUGCUCCCCGGUGACGGCCCGCAUACGGGAGUCGACAAGGUCUCAUUUACGGGGAGCGUUGCUACCGGCUCCCGCAUCUUGGCGGCUGCCGUGCCGGACAUCAAAAAGGUGUCCCUGGAGCUGGGAGGCAAAAGCGCAAUGCUCGUUUUCGAGGACGCAGACCUGGAUGCCGCCGUUGAGUGGAUCAUGUUUGGCAUCUUCUUCAACCAGGGACAAGAGAGCAUCGCCGACGAGCUGGUGCGCAAGCUGCAGCAAGAGGUGCAGAAGUUACGGCUCGGGGACCCCCUCACUUGCGAGCCUCCGUGCAUGGGACCGCUGAUUUCUCAGCCGCAGCUCGACAAAGGCUUCUUUGUUGAGCCCACGAUCUUCCGGGGCGUGCCUCAAGACUCGGCGUUGUGGCGCGAGGAAAUCUUUGGGCCGGUGCUCGCCAUCCGCACGUUCAACACAGAGGAGGUAGCUGUCCAUCCCACCACGGUGACCCUUGUCUCCUGUGGCCUCUGA